AUGCGCCGUUCCCUUCUCUGUUCGCUGCUGGCCGCCGCCUCUGCGCUCGCCGCUCAGGACCUCCGCUCGCGGAGCUAUGAUACCCACGACUUUUACGCCUUGCAAUUAGACGCUUCCUCUUCUCCCUCCGAGGUAGCUGCGCUCCUCGGUCUCGAAUAUGACGGCCCGCUUGGUGAGCUGGACGACCACCACCUCUUCCGCGCUACCAAGCACGAAGACGACGUCGUUGCCGAUGCAGUUAAGGAAUUGAAGCGCCGUAAACGGAGGAGAGAUAUCCAAUACGACCCCACGCCCCUAGAUGGCAUCCGCUUCCACCAGAAGCAGGUUGCGAGGAAACGGCUGAUGAAGCGGGGCCCGGUUUCGCUCGAUGUCGCAGCUAGAGCACGGGUGGCCCACCCUGAAGAGGAAGCUAGCUCUGAAGAUGAAGUCGCUAUUGCUGCUCGGAAGACCGUAAUGGACAGUCUAGGGAUCCAGGACCCCAUCUUCACCGAACAGUGGCACUUAUUCAAUACUCUGGAGGUCGGCAACGACCUCAAUGUCUCUGGACUUUGGCAAGAGGGUAUCACCGGAAAGGGCUCGACUGUAUGCAUUGUCGAUGACGGCCUUGAUAUGGACAGCGAGGACCUCAAGGACAACUAUUUCCGCGAUGGCUCAUACGACUACAACGACCAUGUCAAAGAUCCCAAGCCAAGACUUUCCGACGACAGACACGGCACCAGGUGCGCCGGUGAAGUUGCGGCAGCUAAGAACAACGUGUGCGGAGUUGGUGUUGCCUGGAACUCGAGGAUCUCCGGAGUGCGCAUUCUCUCUGGGGGCAUUACCGACGCCGACGAGGCGCUCGCCAUGAACUACGCUUACCAGGAUAACCAAAUCUACUCAUGCUCCUGGGGCCCUCCUGAUGAUGGAAAGUCGAUGGAUGCGCCGGGAAUAUUGAUCCAAAAGGCCAUGGUCAAAGGUGUUCAAAAGGGUCGAGGCGGCAAAGGUUCCAUCUACGUUUUCGCUGCUGGAAACGGUGCUGCCAGUGAUGACAACUGCAACUUCGACGGCUACACGAACAGCAUCUACAGCGUCACGGUUGGUGCUAUCGACAAGCUGAAUGGCCAUCCUUACUAUUCGGAGAAGUGCUCUGCGCAGCUUGUUGUGACAUACAGCAGCGGCAUGAGUGAUUCCAUCCACACUACCGAUGUGGGAACCGACACAUGCAGCAAGACUCACGGAGGCACUUCGGCUGCUGGUCCCCUUGUUGCUGGCAUCUACGCGCUGGCACUUGAAGCUCGACCCGAGUUGACCUGGCGCGACAUUCAGUGGAUCACUGUCAAUACGGCCGUAAAGUUUGAGUCACAAAGCGACUGGCAGGAAACGCCUUAUGGCAAGGAAUUCAGUCACCAAUUUGGCUUCGGCAAAGUCGAUGCCUAUACUCUCGUUCAGGCGGCUAAGACGUGGGAUCUGGUCAAGCCACAGGCAUGGUUUUUCUCUCCAUGGAUGCAUGUGAAGCACGAUAUUCCCCAAGGCGAGAAGGGACUUGCCAGCACCUUCGAGGUUACCGAAGAAAUGCUGAAGAAGGCCAACCUGGAGAGGCUUGAGCACAUCACCGUCACAAUGAAUGUCGAACACACGAGACGCGGAGAUCUCAGCGUCGAGCUUCGCAGCCCAAGCGGCGUCGUCAGCCAUCUUUCGACUGCUCGCCGUCAUGAUAGCUUCAUGGGAGGCUACGAUGAUUGGACCUUUAUGUCUGUUGCGCACUGGGGUGAAAAGGGUGUCGGUAACUGGACCGUGGUCGUCAAGGAUACCAAUGUGAACGAUCAUAGUGGUACUUUUACCGACUGGAAGCUCCGGCUUUGGGGCGAGAGCAUCGACGGCAGCAAACAAGGUCUCUUGCCCAUGCCCGAGGAGAACGACGACGACGACCACGAUGUCAUCGUCACCGAUCCGCAUACCACCGAGAUCACUGUUCCCCCAACGGCUGUUCCUACCGCCACUCCAAGCGAUCUCCCCGACCGCCCGACCAAGCCCAAACCCACUUCAACCGACGCCGAAGUCACUCCGUCCAAGCCGGCCGCCACCGGAGACGUUCCCACGGCCACCGCCUCGGCGACUCCUGGCGACAACUUCCUCCCCUCGCCCUUCCCGACUUUUGGUGUCAGCAAGCACACCCAAGUCUGGAUCUACGGCUCUCUCGGCCUCAUUGCCGUCUUCUGCUGCAGCCUUAGCGCCUAUCUCUGGUGGGCACGCCGCAAGCGUCUCCAGAACAACCCGCGCAGCGAGUACGAGUUCGAGCUUGUCGACGGCGCUGAGGAUGACGAUGGAGCUGCUGGCGCUCUUAAUGGCCGCAAGGGUAAGAGGCGUGCGGGAGAGCUCUACGACGCGUUCGCGGGCGAAAGUGACGAUGACUUGUUCAGCGAGAGCGAGGAUGGGUACAGAGACCAUCCCGACGAUGAUGAAGUGUAUGAUGAGAAGACAGGACUUACGUCCGGCGGAAGUGGAAGCGGCUCGAACGACGGACGGUAA